AAGUGUAAAAUGUUAAGGAAAAAGGCAUGAUCAUUUACCGUGGAAAAAAUGAGUUGUUAAGGAAGAGGGUUUGACCUAUAUUCAACAUGAAAAAAAGAAGAGUAGACAAGGAAAAGGCUUGAAAAAAAGUAGAGUGGACAAGGAAAAAGGCUUGGGCUAUAUUUAACAUGGGAAAAAUAAGAAUAGAAAAUGACCAUAUGACAAAGAGUUAAUAUACACACAAUAUCAAUUAAUUGACAAUUCGCAUUACUGUCCUAGCAUGAUCACCACCAAAGAAAGGAAAAAAGAUCAUAAUAUUUGUAUAUAACUGACGAACUACACUGAUAGUAUUGACAAGGAAGGAGGAAGGGCAAAUGGAAUAGGCGAGGACGGUAUAUAUUGUUGUUCUUUGAUUGCAUGUUGGUUGUAGGAAUAUAUUUUUGCACGGAUAUUCCAAGCGCUCUGCAGACACAAAUUGAGACGCCACCAGACGACAAUUGCACAGAUGCGGGCGUCGCAAACGGAACAUGUUGUGUUGAUUGUCUCGGACUUGGUGCUGAUCAGUAUAACCUGUUGUAUACAAUAUAUUCCUGGACGAGCUCCCUGAUGAUUCUGCCUGUUGGUUUUGUCAUUGAUCGUAUGGGAAACAGGGUUUCUGCAGUGGUAUUUACCGGGAUAGCUUCAACUGGAUCACUGUUAUUUGCUAUCAGCUCGUUACCAGGUAUUCGGAAUACCUCGUCAAUGUUCCCACUCAUGAUGCUUGGUCGCCUUUUAAUUGGAGCUGGCACCGGCUCAUCUAGAAUUGUAAGAGAUCGUGUAAUAUCUAGCUGGUUCCCAGAUAGAUUAGCGAUGGCUUUUGGUAUAGCUGUAUCAACAAUGGGCCUGGGCAGUGUGUUAACAUUUCUACUUACCUCAAAUAUAGCUGCAGCCAUUGGUCUGGGAUCGACACUCUUUGUGGGGGCAGGAAUAUGUAGCACCUGUUUUGUAUCUGCACUUUGUCUCUGUUAUAUGGACUGGUAUGGUACAAAGUACCACGGAGGAACUAAAGUCAUCAUUAAAGAAAAGUCAGGCACCAGCUUGAACACCAUCAGAAAAUUUCCGACGUCAUUUUGGUUGAUCAGUACAAUGUUAGCUACAUACUACAGCUUCCAACUUCCCUUUAUUGCCAAUGGCGGCAAAUUCAUCCAGGAAAAGUAUGGAUACUCGAAAACUCAAUCUUCGUACGUUAACGGCGUUAUCUUCGACGUGUCUGUUGUAAUCUCCCCUUUCGUUGGUCUCAUACUUGACAGUGUUGGGAAUCGAGGCUGGGUGGCGUUUAUAGGGGCCUUCUUGACAAUACCGAUGGGUCCGGUGCUGCUGUUUACAGAUAUAUCACCUAUUGCCAUCUAUAUCUGGCUUGGUGUCAUGUUUACAAUUACAGUUGUUGCUUUAUGGUCAUCUAUACCUCAUGUCGUAUCUCCUGUAGCUGUCGGGACAGCCAAUGGUAUCGCGUCUUGCAUGCUUGAUAUGACUGUUGGAAGUACAAAUCUUAUUAUUGGUCAGAUAAUGUCGAAAAAUGACAGAUCAACAGAUCUCACAAUGACUAGCACAUGGAAGUAUGUGUUUCUGCUUAUAUUCGGAUUCUCUGCUGUUUGUGCAAUAUGUGGUGUCUUGCUAAAUACCUUAUGUAAAGGAAAAAAUAAUGUUAUAAAUGAAAAGUCCGGUUUGAAGAGAACACAUAGCAUAGGCGCUGUUCAUGGCCCGACACCUACAGAAUGCCAUACCGAAAUCAAGAUACAACCGUCUCAGGACAUUUAUACAAUAUUCCCUGAUAUUGUCAUUGAAAAUAAGUCAACGUCAAUCUGGAGAAAAUAUUCCAGCAAGAAGAAAACUGAAUUUGAUCACGAAUACAUUGAAAAGGAACUAGACCAAACUAACGAAAUUAACAGCGAAUAUAACAAAGUAAAUAGUAUACAAAAAGACGUUUUCCUGUUGAAGUCUGACAACAAAGAGGAAAGUGACAUGUCGCAGACAAACACGAUUCGUGAAGAGAAUCUCGAAAUGAAAUAUAAUUUUUUAGACACUCCCGAUGUAAUUGCACAAAAUAAAGAAAAUAUCGUAAGAGAGAAAAAUGGUUAAAAUACAUUAGAAGAACUUACCUCCGAGGGCAUUAAUUGAAUUGCAUAAAGAUCCUAGCAAGAUGUUGAUUACAAUUUGUGUCACAAGAUCAUAAAGAUUGAAAUAGCUGCACUACUAAUCUAUGUAUCCGGAUAUACAUCUGGCAAAAAACAAUUGUUCAAAUAGUGUGUGUGGUUCUUUUUGUAAUGGAGUAUUAGUAAUAAAGGGCAGCGCACAAAUAGUUCUAUCACAUGUUAUUAAUCAUGUUUCAUAACGAAGACAGCUUUAAACAAUUAGUGGUUAAAAAUCUGUUCAGACAUGCGAUGAAUACAUCUUCAGAUUGCCAUUCAAACAAGCUUUAGUACUAGCAGUUACACGGACUGUGCGCAGUGACAAGAAUACAAAAAAGUCAUGGAAGUUGAGUAUUCUUUAUCCUUUAUCGUGCACUUGUUCUGAAGUUGAGCAUUCUACUGUGAUUAAAAUUUGAUAUUGUUAUAUUACUGAUGAUAAUACUAGUGCCAAAUUAUAAUAUAAUUAUGUUGACAUAAAAUAUUAAAGACACAUUAAGCCUCAGAAAUGUAUAAAAUAAAAUUUUACUACUUUAGAAAGAGAAAAUGAGUUUUAUAACGUUAAAUGGUGGUUUUUGGGCAUGUUAUAGAAGCAUAUUACCUGAAGAAAGAUGCUCUGUAUCUAAAAUUAUUUGUCAAUAAAGUAGCAAACUGUAAACAAAGUCAGACUUCCAGAAAUAUUAGAUCACAAUAACUGAACAAAUUGCUUAAAAGCAACAAAGGCAAAGGAUGGCCAACGAGUCAACUAUAACAGGACAAAAAAAGGCUUUUGAGAAAUAAAAAUAACAGCAUUUCUGGGGCAUA